AGUCUGGUUCCACUGAUGAAGCGCCGGUUCAGCAGUAGACUUACUUGUGGUAAGGUUUGUCGUACCUAAUUACUUUAUUUCAUGCUAUGGAUUCAGUAACGAUGGAUCCGAACAACCCAGGGAGAAUUUCGUUGGCCUAUCGAGAGCUCACGGAACUUCCUACAGGAUGGAACAGCAAGUAUGACGACAUCACUGUCCUGGAUUUAAGUCAUAAUAAUUUCACCGACUUUCAUUUUUUACAGGACUUUACCCAACUCAACACAUUAAUUCUAGACAAUAACAAUCUGACAAAUCAUGUGAAAUUUCCAUACAUGGAGUCUCUACACACACUGUGGGUGAACCAGAAUAAAAUUACAAAUCUGAGUGCUUUUAUUGAGACUGUAGCAAAGUGCUUGCCGAAUUUGAAGUACUUCAGCAUGAUGAACAAUGAAGCAGCUCCAAGUUAUUUUAAUGGAGGUACCUACCAGCAGUACAAAGACUACAGGUGUUAUGUUAUAAGCCAUCUUCCUAGCUUACUGGUGUUGGAUGAUCAUACUAUCACUGGAGAAGAGAGAGAAGAGGCACGCAAAGUGUAUGGCAACAGGAGACUUUCUGUUAGUUCUAAGAGGCCCAGUAAAAAACACAAGGAAAAGAAUACAACACAGUAUACCCGACUGGAGCUUGAACCAGGAGUGAGGACCACUUGAUCCCAGNGAAAGAAAAGUGCAGAAUAGCAUCACUAUUUUCUACCAUUAGCUGGAGAUUGAAGGGAUGUACACUUCCAGUGAUGCAGGCAAACUCAUUUGCAUUGAAAAAAUAAUGAAGAGGAACUAUUUUUUGGGUGAUCACAUGUUAAAAGGGCCCUAAGAAACAUUUUUGCAAGGAACUGAGAUCUUUAUGGACUGGGAGAGAAAACAAUUUUGUACUAUUUAAAAAUAUAUUUUCAAAAGAGAAUAAAAUAAUCUGUUUUUUUUUAAAUAUAAUUUUUGAUGUGAGUAAUUAUUUGUAAAUUAAAACAAAUCCAUCAAGUUGAUGCUUAUUAAAACAUAAUUAAAACCUGCUCAGGGGGUUUUCCUCCAAAUGUAAAGAGUCUGUAAAAGCAUUGAAUUUUAUUGAAGCGUUUACAGCAAUGUUUUAAAAAUUAAUUUUGUGUUGUAUUUUGAAUAGCUGAAGUGAUAUAUUGCUAGCAAGUACUGUAUCUGCACUGGGAAUGAAGAUCCAAAGAAUCAAAUGAGUUUAUGAGUCAUGAUGAAUCUUGAGUCAAUAAGUCACUGGUCAAAUUGCAUUCAGGAUAGCCUAAAUGUCACUCAGAUUGUCUCAUUUGGAUGGCCAUAAAACAGCAUUUGCAAUUGGUUAUUCUUAAAAGAGCUUUAAAUUGGCUAGCUUAAAGUACUUUCAUUGGCCUUAAAACAGCAUUCUGGUCAGCCUAAAUAGCACUUUGGCUAGCCUAAAUUAAGCACUUAGGACAGCAGUUUGGUUAGCCUAGGGAGCAGUCUGACUUAAAGUGCUUUGUUACACUUGUUUAUGGUUAGCUUUCAAUAAUGGUGAUGGUAACAGGAUUGAUUCAUUCAUCUUGUACCAGAAUAAACAGUGAUAAUAGACAUGGUUAGAGUAUUUACAUAUUAAUCAAUCAAUCAAUUUAUCAAAAAUCUAAAACAUGAUUCAAAAGGAAGACAUGAAGUAAACAAGUGUUAUUAAAUAGGUUUUGUACUAAAUAGUAUUUAGUAAAUUCAAUUUGCAGAUGAUUAUUUACAUGUACAUGCCUACAA